CACAAACAGAAAGAAAGAUUUUCGCUCUGUUUAUCAUGUGUUAAUCUAUUACUAUAAUUCUCCCUUAUUGUUUUAUCAAAAUGAAGACAAAGACAUUUGGUGAAAAACCAACUUCCCCGGAGAAGAAACGAUCAUUUGAAUUUACAAAUUAUUACACUUCCGUCGCCGAAACCAAAACAAGGCUGGAAGAACAUGGUUUACAACCACAAAAUUUCAUCAAAGAUAACAAAAAGUCUGGACUUCCAUUCAAAAACUCUCCUAAGAGGAAGAAAAACAAGCUUGAACCAUUGGACAUAUCACACAUUGACAUUGAGGGUCCCAGUUUGAUCGCUACUGCUAAGAACACUUCUCUCAAUGAAUCGAAACUGACAUCCACACCUCGGUCUUCAGGAAAAGACAAUACGCCGAAGUCGAUCAUGAAAAACAAAUCGUCAACAAACAGCGAGGAACAACUAGACACCUCCCAAUACAGUCAGAAAAAACCGAAAAAGAGGAAUAAGUCUGUGAGUUUCAUGCUUGAUGAUACGGAGGAAGUAGUGGUUAAGAAAACGAAGUCAAGUGAAUCUUUGGACAGAAAACAAGAUACCCCCAAAAAACAGGAAACUUCUAAAGACUUGAAUAAACAAAAAAAACUUAAAGGUAACAAGAGAGAUGUAAAGGGGAAAGAAAAUAAAAUAAUUGACAAUGUAAAAUCAGACUCUGAUGUUAUGGAGAAAGUUAAAAAGGCAAAAGAAGACAAAAAUAAGAUAGUAAACAAUACUUCAAAACUUGAAGGAGCUAAGGAAAAAAAAGAACAAAAAAAAGAUAAAUUCAAAAAAGUUAAAAAGCAAAAUUCAGAAGAGAAAAUGGAGGAGGAUGCUGUUGUGGGAGAGAGCAACAAUAAUGAAGACCAAACUGAGAACAAAAACCGUCGAGCAAAGAAAAAGAAACAUUCCCCUAAACAAACUGCUGACACAGAUGGGGAACCAGCAGCAAAAUCCCAGAAAAAGGAAAUUAAACCUGAGGCCAUCGUUGAUGACCUGGAAAGCCUCAGCAUUGGGGAUAAUGCGCAUACACUCACAAACUUGCUGGAUGAAAUGACUGUGGCUGAAAAAGAUAAGAGAAAGAAACAUAAAAAUAAACUUAAAAAGGCUAAGAAGCCAUCACCAAGCUCUUCCAGCAGUGAGAAAGCAUCCACAGAGUUGGAGAAUAUAGAAGAAGGGAAAGAGAAGGUAAAAUGGCAGAAGAGGAAGUGGAACAAGGACAAAAAAGGUGUUGCUGAAGUAGACAGCAAGUCUAGCAUCAUUGUAGACAACUUGCCUCUGUCCAUUGUGUGUGAUUACAAGAAACAGUUGGCUGAUCAUUUCAAGAAGCAUGGAGAAAUAAAGGGCAUUGGAGUGGCUGAAGUAUACCCAGCAGAAGACUCCAAGCCAGUGUUCACAACCUCUAUUCAAUUCUGCGAUGAAGCAGCAGCUGUUGAGGCGCUGAAGGAAGACAACGGCGUGGUGUGCGGCGGUCGCGUGCGCGUGCGCUUGGCGCGGCCGGCCACGGAGACGACCCUGGUGGUGCGCUCGUACGGGCCGCUGAGCGACCAGAGCGUGUCCAGCGCCUUCGCGGCCGCCGGCCGGGUGCGCAGCAUACGACACCUCGUCAAAGGAAAAAAGUCUAUUGCUGCAGCUUUCGUCGAAUUCGACGGUCCCGACGCGUUGCAAAACGCCUUAAAGCUGGCCGAGAACGUGCGGAUCGAGGGAAAGAAAAUACAUGUGUCAAGGUUUGAGCUCAGGAAGAAACCCAAGCCGGCCAAGGCCCCUGUAGAGGCCAAGGAGCCCGACAGUGAGGACUCUGACUAAUGUUUUAGCUAGACGAGAUUGUAAUGGUGCGUCCACACUGGGCGAACGGACUCGCGCGGCAAACUCGACAUCUUGCUCACUCAAGAGCAAGGUGAGCAGGAUGACCAGCGUGCCGCGCGGUGCGCCCUAUGUGGACGCACCAUAAGAGUAUGUCAGUAGUGAAGGCCUGAUAGUCAAGGCAAAGUUACUCUUAUUAGAAUCAAGAUGGAAAUGACACGAUGAAAUUUUUUUAAUUUCCUUGAAGUAGAAACAAACUAAUAAUUUACAUUGCGCGUGCCAUACGCCCGCGACUGCAACGCAGUGUAAAUGCAGAUCAUAAUGCACACCCUAGUACUAUGUUUUAAACUUACUUCUGGGAUUUGUUUUAUUCAAAUACCUACGUCAAUUUAACUUGUGUUAUGGCUUUUCAUCGUGUCAUGUAAUAAAUAUUCGUCGACAAAUCAAUUCAGAUUUUUUAAAGUGGCAGUUUUAAAAUUGUGUUCAUAAUUUUGCAUUUUAUUGUAAAAGUAUAAUUCCCACUCGUACAAAUAGAGCGUAGUCAUCGUUUUACGUGCUUAAAUUGUUUUAUUAUUUUAAUUUGUAGAAGUUUCACUAUGUUAGAGUUUGAAAUAAUCCAUUUUUUUAGAAUUUUGUAUAGGUCUGAUGAACAUGUUUCUACAACUUUUCGACGUAAACAUUUUUAUGAUAUUGUAAGAAUGCAAUUAAAAUAUAUUAUGUGUGUCGAAUCAUAUUUUAAGAACUACAUGUAUAGAUUUUAAAUAUCAAUGUACAAUUAGUGUAAUGUUGUUUUUUCGUACAUUUUUACCCAAAUGUAGUAUUACCAUUUUAUCGUGCCAAAUUCAUCCCUCAAAAAGUAUCAAGUAGAUUUGCUACUAUUUAAAGAUAUUUUGUGAAACGUAGUCACGGUAAUUAGUAUUACCGUGACAUAGUGUACGAAAUUUCACGCUUUUUUUAUAGAUACAUCAAUAGAUCCAGACAGAAUAAGUUGUAGGUCUUAAGAUUAUGCUUUUAUUACAGAUAUUUCUUGAUUAUUCUAGGUCGGUGGGCCCUUCGCUUGAAGCGCAAGACGCCUAGUAACCCUAGAUUACCACUAAAGCAAGCUAAUUAAGUGGUUUUUAAAUACAAUAUUGUUUUUAAGUGGGUGAUGUAUGUAUUUUUUUGUUGCAAGUUAUUGUUCUAUUUGACUGUGAAUAAGACAUUAUUGAAUAAACUUUCUCGUUGUA